GGGAGCAAAGCAGGACAAGUUUGGGCCCCUGAAGGAUCAACAGCUUUCAAGUGUCUCAUCUCAGCCAGGUUCUGUGCAGCUCUUUUAAGCAACAUCUCUGAUUGUGAUGAGACGUUUAACUAUUGGGAACCGACACACUACCUCGUUUAUGGAAAGGGGUUUCAGACAUGGGAAUACUCUCCAGCCUAUGCCAUCCGCUCCUAUGCUUACCUGUGGCUUCAUGCCUUACCAGCCUUGUUCCAUGCUAGAGUUCUACAAACUAACAAGGUUCUUAUCUUCUAUUUCCUCCGAUGCUUCCUGGCCUUCCUGAGCUGCAUUUGUGAACUCUACUUCUAUAAGGCCGUGUGCAAGAAAUUUGGGCUACAUGUGAGCCGGCUGAUGUUGGCCUUCUUAGUACUCAGCACUGGGAUGUUUUGCUCAUCUGCAGCUUUCCUCCCAAGCAGUUUCUGCAUGUACACCACGGUGAUUGCCAUGACUGGCUGGUAUAUGGACAAGACCUCUGUAGCAGUGCUGGGGGUGGCCGCUGGAGCCCUUCUGGGCUGGCCCUUCAGUGCAGCUCUUGGGCUUCCUAUUGCCUUUGACUUGUUGAUACUGAAGCAGAGGUGGAAAAGUUUCCUAAACUGGUGUGUGGUGUCAUUGAUCCUGUUUUUGGUGCCCUUGGUAGUUGUGGACAGCUAUUACUAUGGGAAGCUGGUAGUUGCACCUCUCAACAUUGUUUUAUACAAUGUCUUCACCUCUCACGGACCUGAUCUCUAUGGUACGGAACCCUGGUCCUUCUAUUUCAUCAACGGCUUUCUGAAUUUCAACGUGGCAUUUAUUUUGGCGCUGCUUGUGCUGCCACUGACUUGUCUCAUGGAGUGUCUGCUUCAGAAAUUUCAUGUUCAGAAUCUGGGCCGUCCCUACUGGCUGACACUAGCUCCUAUGUACAUUUGGAUCAUGAUUUUCUUCAGUCAGCCCCACAAAGAAGAGAGGUUUCUCUUUCCCAUCUAUCCCCUCAUCUGUCUCUGCAGUGCUGUGGCUCUGUCUGCUCUUCAGAAAUGUUACCACUUCAUAUUCCAGCGCUACCGUCUGGAACACUACACAGUCUCCUCCAACUGGCUGGCUCUGGGGACUGUCUUUCUCUUUGGCCUUUUGUCAUUGUCACGCUCUGUUGCCUUAUUCAGAGGCUACCACGGGCCCCUGGACCUGUACCCAGAAUUUCACAGGAUUGCUACUGACCCAAGUAUUCACACUGUGCCAGAGGGGAGACCGGUUAAUGUCUGCGUGGGAAAGGAGUGGCACAGAUUUCCAAGCAGCUUUCUCCUGCCAGAUAAUUGGCAGCUCCAGUUCAUCCUGUCAGAAUUCAGGGGCCAGUUACCAAAACCAUUUGCCAAGGGACCAAUGGCCACACGGAUCAUUCCCACUGACAUGAACGACCAAAACAAGGAAGAGCCAUCUCGAUAUAUUGACAUUUCCAAAUGCCACUAUCUGGUGGACUUGGAUACAGCAGCUGAAACCCCAAGGGAGCCAAGGUAUUCCUCCAACAAAGAAGAGUGGGUAACCAUUGCCUACAAGCCAUUCCUAGAUGCUUCCAGGUCCUCAAAGCUGCUGCGUGCAUUCUACGUCCCUCUCCUCUCAGAACAGUACACAUGGUAUGCAAACUAUACUAUUCUGAAAUCCCGGAGGUCGAGGCAAACCAGGAAAAAAAUGGGAGGCUAGCAACACACCUGGGCAACAAAACCAAAAGCAUCUGCUGACACUCUUGGACAGCUGCCUAAGCCAUCUUCAGUUCCGUUUUUGAAAGAUUGCGC